AUGGACUUCCACGCGCUCCCCCGCCGCGACCUCCAGGCCCUGGCCAAGCGCAACGGCGUACGCGCCAACCUCAGCAACGCCGCCAUCGCCGACGCCCUCGCCGCGCUCCCCGCGGUCGACGGGAUCGAGGAGUACGUCGACCAGCCGGUCGCCGAAGUGGCCAAGCCGGCCGUUCAGGCGGUCGUGGAGGAGGAGGAGGAGAUACAGAGGAAGAAGAAGCAGAAAGAAGAGAUCUCGCUGGAGGUCGUCGAGGAGGAGGAAGAGAAGGCGGCAACCGGGCGGCGCGGCCGCGGGCGCCCACCCGGAUGCGGACGCGGCGCCGGCGGGCGCGCACAGGUCGAGCCUGUGGCUGCUCCGGCCACGAGGAGAAGGGCUGCGGCAAGCAAGACGGAGACGGAAGAUACACCUGCGGAGCCUGUGGCUGCUCCGGCCACGAGGAGAAGGGCUGCGGCAAGCAAGACCGAGACAGAAGAUACACCUGCGGAGCCUGUUGCUGCUCCGGCUACCAGGAAAAGGGCUGCGGCAAGUAAGACCGAGACGGAGGAUGACGCUGCGGAGGGCGUGCCGGCCCGCGCCACUCGCGCUCGGACCCAGACGACGGCGGCGCCCGUGGCCGAGGAAGAGGCGCCCAAGACAAGACGGGCGUCGAGGCGGGCCGCGGCGACGAAGACUGGUACGCAGCAGGAAGAAGAAGGAAAGGGGACACAAGCUGUCGCCUCUGAUAUGGAAACUGCAGAAAUGGAAGAAGAUUCCACGAAUCCUCAGAACGAGGAGCACACCGAGGUUGAGGAACAGAGCCAGGACGGCCAAGGGGCAGUAGCCGCGGAUACACCAGUACAAGCGCAAGAAGAACCACCAGUGGAGAAGGAGGCUGUGGGGCGGCGAGGCGCCAUACGACGCGCACGGCCCGAGCCUGUGGCGUCUCCGGCCGCGAGGAAAAAGGCUGCAACAAGUAAGACCGUGACAUGGGCUGAUGCUCCGGCUGCGGAGGCCGUGCCGGCUCGGGCCACUCGUGGCGCUCGGAGCCAGAGCACGGUGGCUCAGGAGGCGCCCAAGGGAAGACGGUCGUCGAGGAAGACUGCUGCGCAGCAGGAAGAAGAAGGGGAAGGCCAGCAAGCCGUUGUCUCUGAUGCGAAAGCUGCUGCGCCUGCGCCGGUUUCCUCGGACGAAGCAGCUGCCGAUGCUGCAGAAAUGGAGGCAGAAGCCAUGAAUCCGCUGAACCAGGUUGAGGAAGAAGAGACACGGGUGGAGGAGGAGGAGAAAUCGCCUGCCAUUGGCGUGGGCCGGCACGGUGCCCGCGGGCGCGCACGGGCAGAGCCUGUGGCGGCUCCGGCUACGAGGAAAAGGGCCGGAGCAAGCAAGACCGAGACAGAGGAGGCGCCGGCGGAGGCCAUGCCGGCUCGGGCCACUCGCCGCGCUCGGAGCCAGACGACGGUGGUGGCUGUCACCGAGGAAGAGGCACCCAACACAAGACGGACGUCCAGGAGGGCUCCGGCGAGGAAGACUGGCACGCAGCAAGAUGAGGAAGAAGGGCAAGGCCAGCAAGCAGCUGUUGCCGAAACUGUCGUGCCUGCACCGGUUGCCUCUGACGAGGGAGCUGACGGUGCAGCAGAAAUGGAAGCAGCCAUGGAUGCUCAGACCGAGGAGCGAAACGAGCUAGUUGAGGAGCAUGACAUGGAAGAGGAGGCCAUGGAUCUUCAGAAUGAAGAGCAAAACGAGCUGGUUGAGGACCAGUGUCAGGAAGAUGCAGCUGGUGUGCCUGAUAUGGAAACUGCGCCGGUUUCCUCUGACGAGGAAGAUGAUGAUACUGAAGAAAUAGAAGCAGUGGCCAUGGAUUCUCAGAACGGGGAGCAAAAGGAGCUUCUAGUUGAGGAUCAGGGCCACGAAGAGGAAUGUGAGACAGGUGAUGCCACUGCAGUGAUGGAAGAAGAGGCCAUGCAGCUUCAGAACGAAGAGCAAAAGGAGCUACUGAUUGAGGAGCAGAGUCAGGAAUGCGCAUGUGAUGUGCCUGCUAUGGAAACUGCGCAGGUUUCCCCUGUCGAGGAAGAUGGUGAUACUGAAGAAAUAGAAGAAGAGGAGGGUGUGGAGACUGCACCCGUUUCCUCUGUCGAGGAAAAUGAUGAUACUGAAGAAAUCGAAGAAGAGCAGAGCCAGGAAGAGGAAGGUGCGGUGGAAACUGCAGUACACGCACCGGUUUCUUCAGACGAGGGAGGUGAUGCUACUGAAGAAAUGAAAGAAGAGACCAUGGAUCUUCAGAACGAGCAGCAAAACAAGCUCGUCGAGGAACAGAACCAGGAAGACGAAGGUGAUGUCCCCUAUAUGGUAACUGCUGUGCCUGCACCGGCAGCCUCAGACGAAGGAAGUAAUGCUGACGAAAUGGAAGAAGACGCCAUCGAUCUUCAGAACGAGGUGCAAAAUGAGCUAGUUGAGGAACAAGCUCAGGAAGAAGAAGGGUUAGCCACAGAUGUACAAGUCAGUCCCGAGCUAGUGGAAGAAGCAGCACCAGUGGCUGAAGAUUGUAGCACAGUUGUUUCAUCUGUGGAAGAGCAGCAGGACGAUGUCCGGCAGUGUGAGCAGUCGCCGGUCACCCUGAAUGCUGUUGAACAGGAAGGCCAUUUCCUGGCUGAAACUAUCUCCAGCGAGGCGCCACUGGCCGAGGAGAUUCAUCAUGCUGCUGAGGGAGCUGAGGAUCAUCAGUCUGCUGAAGAGACUGAAAUGAUGGUGCUCGUGGAAGCGCCGGAAGCCGGUGAGGCUACUGAGGAAGCUGAGGAUCAUCAGUCCACUGAAGAGACUGAAAUGAUGGUGCCCAUGGAUGCGCCGGAAGCCGGUGAGGCCACUGAGGAAGCUAAGGAUCAUCAGUCCACUGAAGAGACUGAAAUGGUGGUGCCCGUGGAAGCGCCGGAAGCCGGUGAGGCCUCUGAAGAAGUUGACAACAGUGAAGAGACAGAAGUGGUGCCCGUUGAGGAAGCUGAGGAGGUUCAUCAUUCUAGUGAAGAGAUAGAAAUGGUGGAUGUUGAGGAAGCUGAGAAGAUUCUUCAGUCCGGUGAAGAGGCAGAAAUGGUGCCCGCCGACCAGGCGGUUCCAGUGGAGGCAGCUGCGGAGGUUGCUUUCACCUGCGAUGCAGACACUGCCAUUGAGAAGGAGAAUGAGGUGCUUCAGAGUGCAGCCAAAGGCAAUGAGGAGGAAGACCUGGUUGUUGACGAGGUUGUCGCAGAGGAGAAUGAAGUGCCAUUCUUUGGUGCUCAGUUCCAGAGCGCAGCCAAAACCAGUGAGAACAAGGAACAUCUGGUUGUUGAUGAGGUGGUGAAGUACAACAUGGAUGAGACUGUCGCAGAGGAGGAGAAUGAAGUUUCAUUCCUUGGUGCUCUGUUCCAGAGCGCAGCCAAAACGAAUGAGAUCAAGGAACGUCUGGUUGUUGAUGAGGUGGUGAAGCACAACAUGGAUGAGACUGCUGCAGUGGAGGAGAAUGAAGUUCCAUUCCUUGGUGCUCUGUUCCAGAGCGCAGCCAAAACCAAUGAGAUCAAGGAACGUCUGGUUGUUGAUGAGGUGGUGAAGCACAACAUGGAUGAGACUGCUGCAGAGGAGGAGAAUGAAGUUCCAUUCCUUGGUGCUCUGUUCCAGAGCGCAGCCAAAACCAGCGCGGCCAAGAAAGAUCUGGCUGUUGAAGAGGAUGCAAAUGAGGUUUCAGUCUUUGUUGAUAUGGCUGUUGAAGAGGAGAAUGAAGAGCCAUUCCUUGGUGCUUUGUUUCAGAGCGCAGCCAAAACAAAUGACCACAAGGAUGAGCCUGCUGAAGAGGAGGACAACGAAAUGUCAUUCCUUGGUGCUCUGUUGCAGAGCACAGCCAAGACCAACGAGAACAAGGAUCAUCUGAUUAUUGGUGAGGUGCAGCAUGAAGAGCCUGUUGAAGAGAAGGAAGACGAUCUUGCUGUUGAUGAGCCUGUUGAAGAGGAGAAGGAAGUAGCCACCUUUGGUGCUCUGCUUGAGAGCGCAGCCAAGGCCGAUGAAGAUAUGAUUGUUGAUGAGGUGCAGCAAAGCACAGAAGAGCCAAAGAACGAGAUUGUUGAGGAAUCGGUCACCAUCAACCUCCUGUCGCAAGCCACUGUAACAGUAACAGACGGCGAGAUUGCGGCCAAGGAUGGCUUCACCUGUGAGCUGACUGAUGUGGCCGUUGAGGUGGACGACGGCAGAGUGGUGACCGCCGACGAUAUGCCACACAGCCCAGCUAUAAUGUUUAAGGGUGCCGUGCAAGUGGUCACCAUCGAGAACCUGUCGCAAGCCACAGUGACUGACGAUGAGGGUUCAGUCAAGGGCCUGGCAAGUGUGUCAGUUGAAGAGGAUGCAGUGGUGGCCACCAUGGAUGAGAAAGUGGAGGAGGUGCUCGUCGUCGACUACCUGUCGUCGCAAGCCAUGGUGACUGAUGACGAAUGGGCAGCCAGAGACAAGUGUGCCCAGGAAGUGGUCACCGUCGAUUACCUGUCGCAGGCCACAGUGACAGACGACGAGUGGGCAGUCAAGGAGGGCACUUCCGCUGGCGACCACUCGCCGGUGUUUGACGCCGCCGGAGACAGCAGCGGCCACGUCAUUUCGCCUCUGUUUGCAGGCCUGUUCGAGGAUGCCACAAAGUUCCUGUCCAUGGACUCGACCACCCUGGAGGCAACAACGGUGCCUGAAGCUGCUUCUGAGAAAAAGGCUACUGUACCUGCUGUUGCAAUGGGAAAAGAGAAGGAAGUGAAGGACCAAGGCAACGAGUCUGAAGCGCUGGGCAGCCUGAGCCUAAGGAAGCUUAGGAUCCAGCUCAAGGAGAAGGCACAGGACCUGGAGAAGCCAGUGGAACGAUUUUCCAUUCACCCAAUUUUUGAAGUGAGGGAAGGGAAGAAGCCAUUGGACACGCUGAGCCUGAGGAGGCUCAGGCUGAAGCUCAAGGAGAAGCUGAACGCUCAGAAGAACAGAGAGCAAACUAGGAUGCCCCUGGGCAGGCUGGACGAGAACUCGGCGUGCAAGUCGCAGAAGAGGGAGCACAACAGGGUGCCCCUCGGCAGGCUGGACGACAACUCUGCGUCGAAAACGCAGAACAGAGAGCGGAGCAGGGUACGCCUUGGCAGGCUCGACGAGAACGCGUGCUGAUGAUUACACGGCAUCAGAUUUUUUAUCUGACUUGGAUGCUCACUACUGAAGAUUUGGUUGUGAAACCAUGGUUUCUCCAACCCAACCAGCCCCUGAUCUAACUUAUCUGUGUGGGUUCUUGUGCUGUUACUUUGCACGUUCGCCGGCAGAGCGUGAGAGGAUUUGGCUGUAUUUUUUAGUCGUGUUCUCAACUUGUAUCAGAGUGAUGAUUGUUUAGCUUUAAUAACUUCUAGGUGGUGGCCUCGUGUCACUUACAAUAACAGAGUGUUUGUUGCUUA